GGAAGACCUAGGAAGGGGUACAAAGCGUCCUUCAGUCUACUGAAGAAGAAGAAGGGAAGGAUACGGAGGAAGGAAGACCAGGGAAGGGGUACAAAGCCUCCUUCGGUCUACUGAAGAAGAAGGGAAAGAUACGAAGGAAGGAAGACCAGGGAAGGGGUACAAAACAUCCUUCGGUCUACUGAAGAAGAAAAAGAAGGGGAAGAUAGUGGAGGGUGACCAGAAGGAUGUUGGCGUCUGAGUACACUAACGUGCUGGUGGCCGUCAUUAUGGUCACCUCCUUCCUCUAUGAGUUCAGCAACCGCUUUCGUCUCUACCUCAAGUUCUUGCUCUACUACAGCAUGGUGAUGAUGUGCUCCGUGAUGGCCAUCCCGCUCAUCAUCUGGCGCCCCAGAGACGUCCGGAACACUCUUCUUGGGGCGGCAGAACUGAAAGCGACAACAAGUCUUCCCUAUGGGCUGUUACAGGGCAGGGCAGGGCAGCUCCUGUGGCCUCACCCUCACGCUGACACUUCCUGGCCCCUCAUUGCUUCCUUCAUGCUAAUUGCAACAUUUCCCCUGCGAUCCUUAAACCUCCUCCUCGGUCUUGAGUGGGAGGUGCACGGCCAGGAACACAUUACAGUAGAUCGUGCUGCUAUUGUUGUUGCAAACCACCAGAGCUCCCUUGACUUCCUAGGAAUGGUGUACAUGUGGCCAAUGUUUUACAAAAUCACAGCCAUUGCCAAGAAGGAGCUGUUCUACGCCAUGCCCUUUGGUCUGACGGCCUGGCUGUGUGGUACCAGGUUUAUAGAUCGCAGGAACCCAGACCGGGCCAAGGCUUCCAUGAAUGCAGCAUUAGCAUAUGUGAAAGAAGAAAAGGUGAAGCUGUGGGUGUUUCCGGAGGGCACACGAAGCAUGAGUGAUGAAAUGUUGCCAUUCAAGAAAGGUGCUUUUCACUUGGCUGUGGAAGGACAGUUACCAAUACUGCCAAUUGUGUACUCUUCCUACAGGGGAUUCCUCAGCCACCCUCUCAAGAUAUUCAAUCCAGGUCACGUAAUUGUAACUUGCCUGCCACCAAUAUCUACAAAAGGCAUGACCAAAGAAGACAUGCCAAAACUGAUGGAAGAUGUUCGAGCUCAAAUGAUGGAAGUCUACAGGAAAACUUCUACACAAGUUCAUCAUCCGAGACCUUUGGCAGAGGAAGUGAAGAAACAAAGGUAAACCAGGGAGAGCUUCUUAGAGUAAAUACUUAUUACCCUCCCUUUGUGUGCAUCUCUUCUCUGCCUAUCCCUAGUAAGUACACAUUACUGGCAGACCUCAGUGUGGUGGCUGUGCUUGAAUUAAUCCUGUGAAUACUGCAUCAUGUUGCCCCUCAUGUGUUAAAUUCUUAUUUAUUAUUUUUGUUGGGUGAACAUUACUGUGGGGUUCUAGGAUGUUUUUGUCAUUAAUGCAUACGUCCUCAAGAAAUACUUUUAAGUAUAUAGUCAUAUUAUAUUUGAAAUGCACAAAUAUUUCUUUGCAAAAACCCAGUUUCAUGCAUCUAUGAAAGUGAAGUAACCAACCAUCUGAAAACUUUUGUAGUUAAUACUUUGGUGUGCUCUGAUUUAUAGCCUGUAUAACAGUAAUACCCAUUUACUUUAGCAAUUAAGAUGUCAAAGAGCUGGCAGAUGGACCAAAGGUAGGGGUCAGUGUCGUGCUUGGUGUCAAAGUGUAGUGCAUUCUCUGGGUGCAUAAAGAGUUCCCGGAGCGCUGCAGAAUCAAGAUAUUGGGCAGACACAGGGCAUGCAGCAAUGUGUCAUUUCGAAAAUCUUCAUAAAACAGAAAUACUUGUCACCUACAUAUGUUGACCUAUCUAUUUCCUUUUCCUUUUUAUCUUGUUCUAUAGAAGUUACUUUGAAAAUACUGCUAUGCAUUGAUACAUUUCUUUCUAUUCCAAUAUAUGUACUAGAAAAUAAGUCAGUAUACAUUAUAUAUUGUACGUAUAUAUAGGUGUGUGUGUGUGUGUGUAUGUGUGUGUGUUUGUGUGUGUGUAUAAUAUUAAAUUGGUUGGUGAUUUAUUUAUAUGUAAUAUAAAUAUAAGAAAUUAGGUAUGAAGCAAUAUGAAUUGCAUUACACUUUGUAUUUCUCAAGACAUGACAUGGUACUCCUCUAUGUGUUCAUAAUAUUUCUUCAUUUGCAUAUCUUCCUUCAUACAUGUAAGUUGUAAGAAAGAGAAAGGUUGUCAAUACAUGAACUAUGAGUCAGCCUGUGCCUCUCCUAGGUGAGCCAGGGGACAUAAGGGGCACUCACACCUGCCUUGGCUGAACACUGCCUGGCUGCCAUCAAGAGCAAGGGUUGUUGUUUAGCCUAUCUUUAUUAGAAAAAUGACUUCCUCAUAACAACUGCAUAAUUUUAGAACAUUUACUAAUGCAAAUUACACAUUAGUGAAAUGUUUGUAGUUUGUGCAUGUUUUUCUAGCAGAAUUUAGCCAUGCAGAGGUUGUUGAUGUGCUGAAGCAAGCCUCUUGAGUUACUGGAUGCUUACAAAAAUCUUUCCUGGAGCAGUUUGAACUUCUUUCAGAAUAGCUUGGUUUGUGCUGCAUUUUUUAUGGAAAAUCAGUAUGUUUGAAAUUUGGAACUAGACACUCAGAACUCACAAAAAAAGUAAUAUGCAGUAAAUGUCAAGUUAAUGGUUCAACCACUAUAAUUUUCAAAGGUGUGUAAAAAAUAAUGUGUGAUUUUACAAUUGUACUUCCAUAAACAAAUAGUUUUUGUCAUUAAUCUUAGAAACUGUUGCCUUUUGUCAUGGCAGACAGUUUACAUCAUUGAAAUCAAAUUUUCCUUGAUACGAAUGUUGGUGAUCAUCAAAUGAAAACUGUAAACAUAGGAUGAACUUCCUUCUCCUGAAGUGAUCCCUAACUAGCUCCCAGGCACUAGUGUUAGCCAUUCAUGUGCUUGUUGAAUGAUGAUCUUUAUCAUACUCUUCUCCAAACAUAUAUGGGAUACAAUUUAUUAAUUAGAUUAAGAACCAAUCACUUCUAACCAAAGAAUUUGUUAUCUACUUUGUUAAUUGACAAUUUGUGGGUAUAUUGAUUUUUUUUUAACCUAUGUUCAUUCUAGUAUGCUUCAAACAUUUGAUAUCCAUGCAUUAUUAUGGCCAGAGGAGAUCAGCCAUGAUGCCAUAGUCAGCGAGGUGUAAUGGGAAAAAGUGCAACUGGUGAGAGACUUUAGUUCUUAAAUAAGGCUGGGACUGUGAGCAAAUAUAUAUUUCUUCCUGUGAAAUAUUUAGUGUGUUAAAACAUUAGAAACUCCGUGUUCUUUAAUUUGGAGAAAGGUAUAACUAUUUAUUUUCUUCUAGCAAAAUGUUUAGCUCGUUGAAACACCAUAAUAAACUCGGUAUCUGUUUAUUCUUAACUAAAGCCUCAUAUAAAUCAGUGAUAAAGUAAUCAGUUUUUAUUUAUGAAUUCUUUCUUUGCUCAUUAUUUUACAUCAAAUGUAAUAAUUGAAAAAUCUGAUGACUGCUAAUCAUAGUCAUAAACUUUCCCUGGUUGGUAUGAAAGGUCCCCAUCCUCAGCAUGUUGGACAAUAGUCAUCCUUUACUACAACUGUGUGCUUCGUUAGUGGUGUUGUGCUAGACUGAUUGCUUUAUUUUUUAUUCAGGCAUUUUUAUGCAGGAGUUUUUGUGCACUGAAGAAUGAUAUAUUUCUCCUUAUUUUCAAUGUUCCUUGCUAGUUUAAGUUAACGUAAUGUAUAAUUUCUCUGGUUGCAUAAAAGCAUAAAAUCACAAAUAUUGGGGUACUUACGAUUACGUAUAUUACGUAUAGUUGUGCUAUAAUUUGAGGUGAAUGGCUGGUAAAUGUGGCAAUUUUGUUACAUGGAAAGAAGGCAUGAGCAAAGCAGGCAUCCCUCGCUAUACACUUGGAUUACCUCUCUCAAUCAUUCCUGUACUGAAAGCAUUAUAACAUGGGAUGAAUAGAGAUACGGUCCAAGCCACUUGAAAAUAAUGAAGAAUUAAUUAUAAAAGCUCCCCAACAAACUGAAGAAGAUAUAUUUGCAACAAUUAUCAGUGAAACAAUAAAAAUGUACUGAUAUGUGCAGCAUGGUGAUCACGUGAUUGUAGUGCGCUGGGUUUUAUAUUUCUUGUAUUAUAGAUACUUUACGAUAUUGAUAUUUCUGGGGAGCCAUAUGAUCGCACAACCACUGUGGGGCGUAAUAACCAUAUGGUCAUAUCUCCUCUGUGCAGCAUAGCAAAGAGACCGUAUAACUUAUUGAAGGGGAUCACAUGUAGAUUUUUAGUAGGGAAGUUCAUAAUGCUACAAGCCUAUCAUUGAUUGUAUAGCGAUGGUUGACUGUGAUGAAAGCCGAAAGAAAUGGAUUGUGUACUUACUGUGUUCGUUAUUCUGUUGUGUUCAUUUAUUUUGUAUUUUCACAUUUUGAAGUUUAAUCUUAUCGCAUGUUGCAAGAUUUUUCAAAGAUAUUCCGAUUGCAUAGGCACAAGCAUGAAAGAUUUAUUGCUGGUAAUUUAGAAGGUAACUUAUACUUUCCGGUUCACAUUGAUAAAGGGGACUGCGGGUACCCUAAGUAGUAUUUUCUUCUCAGCGAGUUAAAAUAUUUCUACAGUUUUCCCUUAUAACAGACAAGCUCUACACAUUCACAUCCAUCCCCAAGUCAUUACUUACCAUGUUUUCAUCAGUGUUACUUGUUACUUCCAGUCACGAAUUAUAAUAACCUCAUGCCAGUAAUUUAUGGCAGAUUAAGUAUAUAUAAAAAUAAUAUCAUAAGAAUUCCAAUCAGGUAGUUGUUGGGCAUUGCAUCAUAAUUAUUUGCUGUGUUAGGUAUUAUCUCGAGCAUAUGCAGUAGAAGGAGUAUGCCAUUGGGUGUAUAAUGUUCCUGAAGCCAUAAACAUUAAUCUUCAUCAGGGCUUGUUUUCGUAAGGCUAAGAUUUGCACAGUAAGGCAGCACAGGAGAGAACGUCCAUCCUUCUUGGUCUGUGAAAAAUUGCUUAUUGAUUAGUGAACUCAUCUGUAGACGACCCUUUGAACUUUGAGGAUGUUAUAUUGUGUAAUGCCUAUACAUAUAAGGUCACAGACUGAAUCUCUCUCCUUUAUUUGUCUAUGUCCACUCCUGGUUUUCUUUUCUUUUCCUUUUUUUGUGGUAUUUGAUUCUCAUUUUCUACUUCCCUGUGAAUGUAGGUAUUUCCAGUGCAUUUAUCAUAAGAAGAAUAUUGUGUUCAGAUUUUGUUAGUUUACAAUCACUAUAGGCUAUAUAUUUUGUACUGUUUCUUUCAUAUAUGCUGGUGUUCAAAACUAACAUUAAUUUUGGGCUUUAAUUUUACACUGUAAUAAGUGGCACUAACUGUAGCAACUUUUGAUAAGCAGGAGAGGCGUGGGCUAAUCAGGGUCUUGUAGGACUUCCACUAGAAAACUGUUGGUCUUGGAUAGGGUGUGACCUCAUGCUGACAUUUUGUUGGAGGCAAGAUUUGGGUGUUUAGCUGCAGACCAAAUAUUUCUUCACUCAGGAUUUAUGUUUUCAGGAAAUGGUUAAAAGUUUAGGUUUUGCCUGAUGAAACUUCUGGGUUCUUUGUCUUAGUGAUUGCAUUAAUAUUAGUUGUGUGCAGUCAUAAAAUGUAUUAAUAAUGUAUGGGAAGAACAAACAGAAAAGGAAGACUAUUCCUGCAUAAUUUAACUGAUACUAAUACACUUUUUGUUGAAUUGAGUAUCCAUCCUUUACUCACUAUACUUCAUAGUAAAAACUAAUGAUUUUUUUUGUAUGAAUAUUGUUUGUUGAAUUUCUGUUUGAGUUGAACAUUACACAACGCUUAAGUCCUAUUUGUGUGUCCGGGUCAGGGUGAUGAAAUGGCAAAGUAAGAUAUGUGUGAAGUGCCAUUUUUCUGUGUUAUUGCAGUAAUAAGACUGUUGCUUACUUUGACAUAUGUAUUUAUAGCUGUGACCAGUAAAUGCUAUGAGAAGCAUUUGAAAAAUAGCAUUAAAGAUGAAAACACAUAGUAAUGUAGCAAUUUUUAGAAUUUUAUUAUUAAUAAUUUAAUCUUGCUUUAUGCUUGGAGUGUGGGCAUUCAAGAAUUUACUUUAUGGUUGUGAUAUUUUCUUUAAUGUACAAAGGUGUCCUUUUCUUUCAUGUUGCUUUCCUAGCUUUUCAUGUUGGGCUCGAAGAGAAAGUUUUUCAUGAUUUUUUACUCUGCUUAUAUAUAUGAGAAAUGGGAUAAUGAUAAAGAUUCUUUUUUUUUUCAGUGUCUCGGAUUACAUACUUUCUGUGUUGAUUCCCUUAUAGGCUCACCACUUGUCAAGAGCACCACAGCUUUGUUAUUACUCUGUUCUGCACCUCGCUUUCUUUCCUGUGAUGUGCGUUCCAGGUCUGUGCACAUUGACUCAGAAGGGCUCACCACCAGCCAAGUGUUCUCACUACUGUGAACAGCUCAGCUGUCAUAGGAACCAGAAAGCACAGAGUGACAGUAUUAUUCAACAUGUUUGGACAGAAAGAUGAUUUGGUGGAAUUUCUAUCACUUUUCCAUUUUAAGUUAUGGAAAGAGGAUUGAAGUUUGUGAUAUAUGUGAGGAUUGGACUUGAGGACCAAGUUGUAGUUUGGUAUUGUCAUCAGAAACCUGGAUAUGGGAGUGCUCCUAAAUAGUAUGGCCAGUCGAUGUCUUAGAUUAUUAUAUAUAUAUAAAAAAAAUAAUUAGUCAUUAUUGGUGAUUUCCAUUCUAGAAGAGGCAGCAUUGGGAUUAAAAAAAAAAAAAACAUAUUUUGAAAAGUUUUCUAGACACAGUCAAGGAGGAGCCCAGUUCCUAACCUCAGUUUACUGUUUAUAGGAACUUUUUCAUCACCAAUGAAAUGCUGAGACAUGUACGUACGUGUUCCAAUGUCUCAGGGACACGGUCAGAGUCUUUAAAUCCCUGAAGCAUCAUUCAUUUCACUGUAUACUUGUAGUAGAAGUAGUUGUAUUUAGUAGUAGCAGUAGAUGGUAAGGAAUUUAAAGCCAAUCUGCUCAGCUAGGUGCAGGGUCAGUAAUGAGAAUUUGAACAGUUGGAUUUUUUAUUCAGAUUUUAAUUUUUUGCCUUCAAAAUUCAGAUUAAUAGAUUUUCAGACCUUUGAUGUGUGCGUAUAUGUGUGUGUGUGUGUGUGUGUGUGUGUGCGUGCGUGCGUGUGUGUUGUGUUGGACAAUAAUAACUGGUUGGCACUGAUAAGGAUCAUCGAGUGAAGAAAUUUCUCCUACAAGUGGAAAUAUUCUACCUGUUGUUCUGUUAAGAGAGUUACAGAAAAUAUCUAACAGAGCUUAUGCAAAUGUUUCUUUGGAACACUAUUACUGUGAUGUAAAAAAGUAACAAGCAAAACAAUGUAAUAUAAGGAAUCUUUUUGUAUGGCAUUACAUAGUAUGCACUGAUGUAUGUUGUCUCAGUCACAUAAAACUAGUAAUUAUUAAGUGAUUUUAAGUAUAUUUUGUAACCAUGGUCUUAGCAAGGCACAUAAAUUUUCAAAACCAAUCUAGUAAACUCAGUUUUGCUAAUAAAAUACUAAGUAAUAUCAGUACUGUUGACAGGGUCCUGAGUUCUGGUUUAACUUUAUUAAUAAUUACAGGAAAUGAAAUCUUCCUUUACAUAUUUUUCAUGGAGAAUAUGAGAUAAUUCAGAUUCAGCAGAUUGCUCUCCAUAAUAAGUUUGACAGUGGCAAUGCCAAUUUGUUGGAUGGUAGAAUUGUUUAGUGCAGCCGCUGCACUUAAUAAUCAAAUGAAAUGAACAGUUUUAUUUAUUUUUUCUGGUGUUUGACACUUGACUGCAAGUUUUGAUAAAAAUAUUUGCAAAUACUAGACAUUUAGACAUGUAAAUGGCAGAAAUUCAACAAAUGGGGAAUUCACAAUUGGCACUUACAUAUAUUAUAAUUUUCAAUGUGUUGUUUUGUUGAUUUAUUGCACAAUUAUUGAUAAAAGUUUUUAAUUAUUGGGAAAUGUGCAUACCAUUUUGUAACUACACCUCAUUCCUCCUUGUGGGGACAGAAUUUGCAUUGCUUAGUGAUUUCAAGUAUUACUCUGUGCCAACCUGUGAUGCUUGCUGCUGAUGGCACACCAGUCAAGUAUCUACUAAAUUUUCUUUAGUUGUAGUUUCAUGAAAGACACUAGAUUUGAGUUAUAUAGUUGAUGUGUUGCUUGUGUCUCCAACCAGUGUAUGAGUACAGUGACUUAAGUAUUAUAGAAUCUGUAAGUUUUGCUCAGCUCAGCCUGUGUUACCUUCCUGUCCACAUCACUGUUGUCUCAAAGCAAGCUAGUGCAUUAUUAGGGUCACAUACUACAUGUGCACUUGAUCCAUUCAGUGAAGCAUGCAAACAUUCUCAUAUGCAUCCAAUAUAUAUAUUAUAUAUAUAUAUAUAUAUAUAUAUAUAUAUAUAUAUAUAUAUAUAUAUAUAUAUAUAUAUAUAUAUAUAUAUAUAUAUAUAUAUAUAAAAGAUUCAUAUAACAUGUUUCUUGGGAUUUAAUUUUAAAAGUGUGUAGAAAUGUCUGUCAUACUAUGUACUUUAAAGAGCUUGGAUUUUCCUACACUAUUUAGCACACUUGGAAUCCCCUGGGUCUGUACCAGUGUCCUUGGCAUUUCUUGUUUAGAUUAUAAGUCCCUAGACAUGAAAGCUUGAUGGAAGAAGGCAUUGUACUUGUCAGUCCCUCUGGUGAUGCUGUAUAAGGGAGGAUGAACUUGAAGUGGAGAAGGAAAUGAGUUACCAUGUAAGGCUACAACCUGGUUUAAACAAAUGUGUGUUAUCUAGUAUAAUUAUUUUUAAGAUUACUUCUUGUGAUACCCAUGGUAGUUAUCUUAAUGCGUGGUUGCAGGAGUAAAUCAACCAGGGAAGGGAAUUAUUAUCCUGUUCAAUGAGCACAAGAUCAGAUAAUACAAAGUGUUCAAUGGAUCAUGUUUGGUGGCUGUAGAGCUAGUUGCUAAAGAACAAAGAAACCUUGAAUGUACUCUCUCCUCUUACCUUCUCCCAUAAAUAUCCUUCGCAUUAGACCCCAUUUCCUGCAGCACCUGUGCCCACUGUGCCACAGGGAAGCACACUUUGCCUGUAACUAUCCGAAGCAUUCCUGGUUCUGCCUCAGUUUGCAUGUGUACAGUAUAAUAAGACUUUUUCUUCUAUUUUCAUUAUUUUGCUGCAGCAUAAGGACUUAAUGCCAAGUGGAGAUAAUGCAUGAGUUCUGAGCUCUCUGGAUGACAGCAGUAGCUACAUGUUUAGCAUUGCCUCCUUUAUGUUUUCUCAUGUAUCAUAACCUUUGUGACCCUCUGCUUGGCAGACUCGAAACCCAGUAGUAAUAUACCUUUCAUAUUGUGUGACUUCAGUGCUAGUCAUGAGUGGAGAUGGCAUUUAUUGAUUCCUGUGUUUCUCCACCACUUGUAUCUCUUAGGAAUGAUGGAGCAACUUUGUGAGCUAAUAUAUUUUUCCUGGGUUGUACUGACCAAAAGCUACUUAGAAGAAAUAUGUACUUGAAUGCACAAAUAAUAAAUGUAUGGAAAUA